GUCGCAGAGCAGGCGCAGAAGCUGCUGCAGCCCGACAGUGGCCAGCUGUCACACCAAUACCCUCACCACCACCAGCAGCACCAACACCAACACCACCUCCACCAGCAGCAGCAGCUCCACCACCACCUCCACCACCACAACCACCACAGGCCCCUGAAUGCCACGCUGUCCUCGCCGCCGGUGCCGCCGCCACUGCCGUCUCCGUUCAACGCGUCCUCCGCCGCCGUCGCCGCUGCCUCCGCCGCCACCCCGACGCCGUCCGUCAUCGGGGUCGUCGUCGGCAAGAAGUUUGAGAACCUGGCCGACGGGGAUCGGCGUCCCUCGGCCCUGGUGUCCAAGUACGCAGAGCUGUAUUCGCAGACCAGAGUGAACGCCUACGAGGCACUCAGUGAGGUGCCCGAGCUCUCUGAUGCCAGGGAGCUCAAGGAGAAGCUCCUCUUCUCCGUCGUUGUGCUCGCGUUCAGGUCCGUGCAGAACACGAAGCAGCAGAUCAAGGAGAACAUGCGGAGGAUCCUGCAGAUCCCGCCGAAUCUCGGCACGCCGAAGUCCGAGCGGGACAAGCAGAGCGCCAUUGCCGUGGCAGCAGCUCAACUGGAGACCUGUGUCCAGUCCUUCCUCCAGUUCAACAGUGACCAACACGACCUCACCAAGAACGUCGACGAUGUUUGCACGCAAAUUUGGGCGACUCUGUACGAUUAUCCGUGCUUGAACCAAUGCGAGGGCCUCGUCACCUACGUCAAGAACUGCGUCCGGGUUGCCUGGGGCCUCGUUAACCAGAAACCGCCGUUCGUGAUUGAAUACGAGGCCAGGGUGUUCCGGAAGGACAUGCACGUCCGGUUCUACAUGUCCAAGGAGGAUUCGGACGACAUCAAGACGUACCUCUGGCCGGCCUUGCUCGAGGGCGAGAACGGGCCCUGCAUCCACCAGGGAGUGGUCAUCACUUGAACCCGGUAAGCACGAAAU